AUGGCAGUUGCGGUUGCGAUGAUGUUGGGGACAUGCGAAGGAAGCUCAGCAAGAGCAGAUGGAGGGACUGACGCGGCUACAGCAAUGCGAGGGGGCGCGGGAUCAUGCAAGAUGAGGGCACUACCUGAGAGGGUCAUAGGAGGGUAUGCGAACUGGGGAAGGGAGGAGUGGCUGUCGUCAAGGGAGAAGAUCGUGAAGGCUGUUGAAGAUGGAGUCAACGUUAUCCUCUGGUUCACCAUCGACCUGGUGGAUGAUGAGGAGGCAGGGAGUCCAGUGGUGAGGUCUCGAGGACCAGAUGGGUCCUUCUUGAGCAGUAUCUCCAAGGAGCUGCAAGCACGCGGUCUGCACACGACGCAUCUGAUUACGAUCGGAGGAUGGAACGAAGUUCAUCCCACCACACGUCAUGCUCCAGACAAGGUUUAUGCGGCAUGGAAGAAGUGGAAUGAGCAGGAGAUCGCGCGUCCUGACGAGGGCUUCUUAGGCUUUGAUGGUUUCGAUUGGGACAUUGAAGGUAACGACGACGUCUCUUCAAAGUACAACACGUUCGAUGUCAAAACUCUCGACUGGAUUGGAAGGAUCUCGCAGCUUGCGAAACAGGACGGCUACAUUGUCAGUAUGGCACCUUGCGAGUCUUAUCUUGACCCGACAUCCCACUCCUUCGAUCGUUCUCUCACGACAACUCAUUCCGAAUGGCAGCCCAUAGUCCCUCACUUUACCUACCAUGGCAAGAACGCGUACGCGUACAUCGUGUCGAGGUACGGCUUCACCAAGAUCGAGGAUCAAGGCAGUGAAGGCGUCCACGUGCACUAUGUCCACACAUUUGACAUGAUCAUGAUCCAGCUGUACGAGUCUUACAGUCACGCAAAUUUCGAGCUUACCCUCAACGACAAGCACCCCGUCCAGUGGUUGACUGAAGUGAUCCAACGCUUCAGUGACGGCUGGCUUGUCCAGUUCUCUUCCGAUGAGAGUGUGGGAUACAGCGACGCCAUUGUCAAGGUUCUUCCCAGCCAGCUCGUGCUAGGGCUUGCAAACGCGUGGGCCCAACCGUGCGGAAACCCUCCUUGCAAGACUUUGUUCCUCCACCCUCACGUGCUCGAGAAAGACUGGCGAUCAUCACCCAUCCUCUCUCAGAUCAAAGGUUUUGCUUUCUGGACUAUCCGGCACGAAGGCGAUCCCAUCAUUGUUGGAGAGGAUCGUCAAGCUCGGUUCUUCAUGGCGGCAGAGCUGAACAAGUUGGUUGGGAUCAGAGGAAAUGAGUCGGCAGGAGAUGCAGCCACGGGGUGA